GUCAGAAGUGCCAUAAAAUCACCUGCUGUUGCACAACGAGCUCCCUUAAAUAGAAGGAAGCCCCUCCACUGCAAACAGUGUUCACUGCUCUCACCUGAGAACGCACAAGAAACACAACGAUUUCUUAGGUUUCAAGGCUGAUUUAAAGCACCUUUGUUUUCAGAUAAGCCGACUUCUCUACAAUGGCAAAACACAGCAUCACCCUUCUGAUUGCCAUAACGACGGCACUGAUUUUCUUCAUCGUCACCAUGGUGUUCACUGCUCUGGCAUCUUCUGGAGUGUACCCAUUUUUGUCGACCGCCAGUAAUGUUUCAGAUGAGUUUGUGACUGAGAUCACUCCGUCAGGGUGGACCUUUACGAUAUGGACGAUCAUUUAUCUCUUCCUGUCUUUGGUGCUGGUGUACAUCAUCUCUGGUAUCUUCAGAAAGAACGCCUACGGCUACGUCUACUGCAGCCCCGCUGUUUUGCCACAUGCAUUUUUUGCAGCUUGGUGCUUGAAUCUGGGAUUUAACUUCGCGUGGCUCUUCCUGUGGGACAGAAAGUUGGCAUCUGCUUCACUGGUCCUCCUCAUCCUGAUUUCCUUGACUAACUACGCGGUGAUAUUCUUCUCCUGUCUCGGCCUACACAACUAUGGAGCCUGGCUCAACAAAUACCACAAAGCAGACCUGUGGCUGCACCGUGUGUUGAUUCAGAACGGGGUCGCCAUUUACGCGACGUGGACGACCAUUGCAACCCUAAUAAACCUGACCAUCGUGCUGAUUUAUGAAGCAAACAUGUCCCAGAAAGACGCUGCCACUCUGUCGCUGUCUCUUCUCACUGCGGCGUUGGUUGCGUGGUUUGUCAUGGAAAACUUUGUCCUGGAUAAACACGUGAGGUUCAUCCUCACCAUUUACCCCGUUGUGAUUUGGGCGCUGGCCGGGGUGUUCACCAAAAACUACAACACAGAGGCUCCCACAGACAAUAACAUCUUCAUCGCAUCUCUGCUGGGGGUGGCCUGCGUCCUGUUUGCCGGACGCAUAUUUUUGGUCACCUGGAAGCAAAUCAAACAGCCAUUCUAUCAAGAUGAAGACCCAAACGCCAUGUCUCCCAUGGACAUUGCUGAGAACCAGAAAAAGAUAUUUAAGUGAAUGCGUUGGUGUGUGUUUUAUUUCAUAUGUGCUUUUAAAAUCAUUUUUAUAUGCUGUAUUUUUUUUUUAUAUAUAUAUGCUGUAAAUUAUUACCUUGGAGACACUGCUGACACAUAACAAUGUCUUACAAAACGAUCGUGACGUGAUGCUGACGUACAUUUAAUACGAACUGAUCACAUAAUCAUGCUGCGCUCUGACAUCUCUGACGCGUUAAUUUUAUCACAACAGUAUGAAGCGUUUUUUUUUGUUCAAGCAUUGUGAGUUUUGUUUUCUGCAAAAUAAAUAAAUAGAUAUAGUUGCUA